AUGCGAACCACCGCUACCUUGUCUGCCAUUCUGGCAGCUUCUGCGUUCACUCAGGCCAUGUCUAUUUCCACUGAGCCUCUGAUCCCCACGGAGCUUCCGAUCGCUACCUCUGAGUCUCAGUUCACCGCUACUGUUGUCUCGCCGCCUCUAUUUACUGAAACCACUGCCCCCGAGGACAACGGGACCGCAGUGAUCAUCUCUGACACGUCCGUUACUUAUCCAACUCUUUCAACCGCCUCGGGAUCACCAGUUCCUUCGGGCAACUCGAGCGGCAUCCUGCCUACUGGCACUGGCGGCGCUGGCGGCACCGGAGGCACCGGAGGCACUGGAGGCACUGGACGUCCUCCAGUCCCGACUUCUUCCCAUACCACCGGGCCUACCGCCGGCGCUGCGUUGACCACCACGCAAAACUCAUGGUUGGCCAUGGGCAUUGCCGUCGUCAUGGCUUCAUUGAUUCUAUAA